AUUAUAUUUGUACAUUUUAAAUAAGAUGACGCAGUUCAGUUUCAUUUAUGAAUUUGAUUUUACAUCUCGGGAGUGGGUGAAAGUUUCUCGUAUAUGGUUUCCUGUUGGAUGCGCAUUUCCUUGAACUGGCGACAUUCGAGGAGGAUGUAUUUAACCGUAAUUAUUGUUCCGCAAGUAGUGCAUGAGGGAUGGUAUUCUUUGGCCAUAAGGUAUCCGUGUGUCAUACGGGUGUGGUCUAUUCGUUAGAAGAACAAGAAUAACUUCGCCCCUUCUGAACAUCUCGUAAGGUAUGGGCCAGGGUAAUAUUGUUUGCUUUAUUAGUCCAGAGACUUUGACAUUCAUCUAUAUAAUUGAAUUUAACGAAAUCAUAUUAUAAUGAUUGUAACAUGAUAUACAUGAUAAUGUGUGGAAAUUACGAUAAUUGUUAAUAGGUACCAUUUUAAAUCAAAACAUAAUUACAAACCAUGUAUCAUAGACAAAAAGAUUGGUUAUCUUAUUUAUUAAUUAUUUUAAAUCACUGACUAGUUAAGCACCCUGAACCACUGACUAAUUUAAUAAAAAAAAAAAAAACAUUUGUUUAAAUAAAAUGAAGAACAGAAUAAAUUCGGUAUUUAAUUUACAGAACCUCAAAGAUUUCGUUCUAGAUUCUAUGGAAAUAAUAAUGGAAAAUGAUAAAUUAAACAUCGAAACAAGUGGAAAUAUUAUUCUUAGUACUCCGUAUCAUUACAACGAUCUAAUAGCUAAAGCAUAUACAAAUGAAAUAAAACAAAUUGUGAAAAACAAAUUAUCUAUGAAUAGUAAAACUAUAAACUGGGAAAACAUUAACGACUUAUCAGAUGUUGAUGAAUCUGCAAGGUUUAUCACCGUGUCAAAUGCAAAUUAUUUGCAAGAUACAAUGAGAGCAUUAGCCACAUAA